UCACCAACAGAAUUUCAGUUACCUUUGACUACUAUAAUUGCCUUAUCAGUUUUUUUGUUCCAAUGGAGAUGAAUAGUAAUAAUAAUAUUAAUCCUAAUGAUCACUAUAGCUAUAGUUAUAAUUAUAAUACCAAUUAUGAUUAUGAUUAUAGUCAGCAUGGAUAUGGGAUUAGCACCUGGCCGCCAGAGCCGGAUGUAGGGGAGUCAUCCGGGACCUCAGAAGAGGUCAUGCUGGCGGCCAGUAAUCCCAAAAAACGCGCUGGGAGAAAGAAGUUUCAAGAAACUCGACACCCAGUGUAUCGAGGAGUGAGACAGAGGAGCUCUGGGAAGUGGGUAAGUGAGGUCAGGGAGCCAUACAAACAAUCAAGAAUAUGGUUAGGGACAUUUGCAACCGCAGAGAUGGCAGCAAGAGCUCACGACGUGGCGGCCUUGGCCUUAAGAGGGCGUUCGGCAUGUUUAAACUUUGCGGAUUCUUGGGGGCUUCCGGGGCCGGCUUCUUUGGACCCGAAAGAUAUUAGGAAAGCGGCGGUGGAGGCUGCUGAAGGAUUUGUGUUGAAUGAAGGGAGUGGUGGCUCUGAGGGUGUUGGAACGACAAAUGUGAGAUACUUGGAUGAAGAAGAACAAUUUGGGAUGCCUGGUUUGUUGGCGAAUAUGGCGGAGGGAUUAAUGUUGCCUCCGCCGCCUUCAUAUGGUGGUUUUGGUGGUGGUGAUGAGAUGGAGUACGGUGGUGAUAUGACAUUAUGGAGUUACUAGUGUCCUUUUUGGUGUUUUAAUUUUCCCUUUUUGGUAUGUGUGAAUUUGGGGAAUGUUUUGAAAAAAUGAAAAUAUGCUUGUUAAGGAAUGAAUAUAUAUACGUAAGUACGGAUGUUAGAAACGAGUUUCUACUAUAUAUAAACAAUUUACAUAUAUUGUUAAUUUGUUA